AGCGACGAGUAGAUGGAUCAGGAAGUAACUACAUCAAAAUGUUGCCUUCUACUGCCGCAAACCAAAAUGUCUCCCAGAACACCACAUCUUAUUUGAAAGACACGGAUCUAGGAGAACCACACACAUCUGAAGAUCAUGGGAUAUCCUUUUACGUUUAUUAUUACGGGAUGUUUUGUAUAAUAACGUGUAUUAACAUACCCGGGAAUACCAUGGUUAUCAGAGCUGUGAUAAAGAAUCCCCACCUCCACAAGCCAUGUAAUAUUUACAUUGUGAGCUUGGCUGUUACAGAUUUACUUAUUGGAGUCAUUUAUCCUUUGUACAAUGUUGCUCAUCUAGAACACGUACCGGAAGUUAGUCGUGCUUUAGGUCAGUGGAGUGUUUGUCGUUUCUUGGUGUCUGAGGUGCUUGCCUUGGGUAUUAUCUGUUCUUAUCACUUGGUAGCCAUCACGGUUACCCGGUAUGUCGCCAUUUUGUACCCGUUACGGUAUCACCUCUACGUCACAACCAAAUCCACAAAGUACACCAUUUUUAGUAUUUGGGUCCUAUCCCAUUGUACGUGCAUUUUGAUGUAUACUCUUUACAACCCAGAGAAAUACAUCAGUCGCCCUGUUGUUUGUCGCUAUGAGCUGAUCUUCUCUAUAACACAUGUGAUUAUGUUCCUCAUUAUCCAGUUGUUUCUACCUCUCCUAAUCAUGCUGCCUCUGUAUGCUAGAAUCGUCAGGAUUGCAAGAAAUCAGGCAAAAGCUAUAGCUCUUCAAGAUCGAGUGCUGGGAAAUAAAAGCGAUAGAUCAAGUUAUGCAUUUAAUUUCAUUCGCCGACAAGAACUGAAAUCUACAGUAAUGGUGUCUGUUUUGUUGGGCUUCUACAUCAUUGGAUGGACGCCGAUGAUAAUACUCUUUUUCUAUGAAAUAACUUGUGUUAAAAAGUGCGUGCAAUCUCCAUUUAUUAGAGCUACUUGUCGAAUUCUUCUAUAUAUGAACUCGGCUGUAAACGUAUUUAUUUACGCAGGCCGUUUGCCAGAAUUUCGAAAAAGCAUUCAAAAUGAUAUAACAAAGCUACAAAAAUAUUUUUGUUUUUGUAGAAAGUAG